AUGAAUCCAGCCGCACAAUUCUACACGGACUCACAACGAUGUAUUGAUGCGAUCAAAGCAGUGGUUAAUGAACAGCUUCUCAUUGUUGUUUCGAGUUCAUUUGCCACAGAAUUUCUUCAAUCGAUUCAUGAUCUCAAAGUCGUACUUGGCAUUUUCAUCUUUGACGAUCAAAAACAAUCGACCGGUCUUAGCGAGAAAUAUUCGAAAAUCAUCGAUAUCGUCUCCGAUAAAAAGACUCUUUUAACAUACCUACAUGACCAAUCACGACAAUUGGAAAGAAUUACAUUGGACUUCAGUCUGUUCAAUCAAAAACAAAAGUCAACACGAGAUCUAACAAAAGAAUCAGCUUCAUUUCUUUGGCAUCAAAUGCUAAUUUAUGUUCUCAAACAAAUGCCACACAAUGAUCGUACGAUGCAUGAAAUGCUUGAUCAAUGUGCUGAAUAUUAUCAAAAUAAUCAAACAGAAUUAGCGAAGAUUGAACAAUUUCGAACGACUUAUACGCGUGAUCAGGCUAUUAGUUGGUAUACCGACGAAUGUUUUCUUUAUAAACUUCUCAAUCAAGCCUUACGAACAGAAGAUAUUCAACUUCUCUACGCGUUUCGAUUUUUCAUUAUUGAUCUUUGUGCUGAACUCGAACGAGAAAGUGAUAAGAUAAAGAAUGAAGGUCAUCUCACUGUCUAUCGUGGACAAAUGAUGCACAAAGAAGAAUUCCAUAAAUUGCAGCACAGCAUCGGUGGAUUAAUUUCCACGAAUGGAUUUUUCUCAACGUCACGCGAUAUAAACAUUUCGUUUGGAUUUUUAACAAAAUCCAAUUCGACUACUGAAAGAGUUCUAUUCGAGAUUCAAGCCGAUCCAUCCAUACCUGGUGUCAUUUGUGCUGAUAUAUCUGCUCUGGGCUCAAUGCCUUGGGAACGAGAAGUUCUCUUUAGCCUUAAUACCGUAUUUCAGAUCGUUUCCGUGAACGCUGAUUCAACACACAAUGUUUGGAAAGUACAACUAGUCGCCAGCGAUCAAGGUGCAGAAAAAGUGAACGAUUAUGUUAAAUGGCUCCAAGUCGAAAUUGACUAUUCCAGUCCAUUGGUUUAUUUUGGUCGACUUCUCUGGAGUGAACUGGGCCAGUUGACACAGGCAGAAAGUUAUUAUAAGAUGCUUCUUGAUACAUUAUCACCUGAUCAUCCAGAUAUAGCAUUGGUCAAUCUGGAAUUCAGUCAUGUCUAUGAUGAAAAAGGUGACUAUGAUUUAGCGCUGCAAUAUUCCGAACGUGCAUUGCAUAUUCGACAACAACAGAAACCUAUUGUUCCUAUUCGUCUUGCAUCCUGCUUGAAUAGUAUGGGUGUGAUCUAUAAACAUAAGAGUGAUCUAGAUCGUGCCAUCGAUUACUAUCAACAGUCAUUAGCUAUAUACGAAAAUGAACUGUCCAGUGGCAAACAUCUACAUCAAACUAAUACAUUGUUGAAUCUAGGUGCCGUGCACAAAGACAAAGGUAAUUUCGAUACAGCACUGGACUAUUUCACUCGUGCUUAUGAAAUGUGUCGAGAGCUUUUACCUACUGAUCAUCCUCACAUUGCUGACGCUUUGUCAAGCAUUGGAAGUAUCUAUCAUCAUCGAGAGAUUUUUGAUCAGGCUCUCGGCUUUUACCAACAAGCUCUAGAUAUUCAAGAGACGAGUUGUCCCGAUGAUCAUCGGCGAAAAGCAAAUACAAUUCGAAACAUCGCUCUCAUAUAUCGCGAUAAACAAGAUUGGAACAAUGCUAUGGAGUAUUUUGAUCGUGCCUUGGCUAUGCUUCGACGUCUUUUGUCUGACAUUCCUCAUCCCAACAUUGCGAUCUGCUAUGGCGAUAUCGGUCAAGUCUACGAGAAGAUGGGCAACUGGGAUCAAGCACUCGAUAAUUACCAACGACAGUUGAAGAUGGAAGAGCAAUGUCUUUCCGUCGAUCAUCCCCAUCUUGCCCUACAUUUUGAUUGGAUUGUUAGCACGCUGAAAAAGAAAGGCAACAUCAAUGAAGCUAAAAAGUUAUGUGAAGAGAAACUGGCCAUGCUGCCAUAUCUGCUAGGAAACGAUUAUGCUAAUCAUCCGAGAUAUGCUCACACCUUGGUGUCAUUAGCAACGGUACUAGAAGACUGUGAUAUUCACAAAGCAGAUGAAUACUAUAAACAAGCGUUCGCAGUGCUCGAACGACAUUCACAUUUGGAAGCCAAUCAAGUAUGUCUAUCGGCCAUGGUAAAUUUCUUUUGGAAGAAAAAUAUGUACGAUCAAGCGUUGAUUUAUCAACUGAAAUUAGUCGAUUUACAACGUGAUACUCUAUCGUCGAACAACAAGGAAUUAGCUGUUUCGUUGUGUGGUUUAGCACGCCUCUAUCAAGCGAUGAUGAACGAUAAAGAAGCAAUUAAAUAUUUCAAUCAAAGUUUGGAAAUCUUUCGAGCUAUUUACGGGCCAGACCAUGAUCGUGUCAAAGAUGUCUCAAAUGAACUAAGUCGAUUAAAAGAUCAUGUUGCCGUCUCCGAUAGUGUAAAGAAGGAAGGAAAUAAUACCAAGCUCCAUGUUGAUCAUUACUAUUCGAUGCAGCAACCAAUGCCCGAUCGCCAGUUUAAAAGCUACCCAGCAUCGCGAUCAGCCAAAAGUGCUGCGUGUACACUUCUCUGA